GCUGGGUUCUGGGCUGAGGGGCCCCGUGCGUGGCGCAGGUGGCUGGGGGACCAAGGAGGCCACUGCUCUGGCGCUGCCCUGGGUCUGCCCGCUCGUGUUGCUGGCUUUUGUUCUAGCAGUGUUUCUUCUGUGCUCAGAUCUGACCCAGUCUCUGUCCCCAACCUGUGUCCGUCGUACCUCUGUCCAUCCUUCCAGACUCAUGCCUGCCGGCCAGGGCGGCAAGUGUUCAAAUGUGCCCACCCGAGGGUAGAGGCGGGGAGGACAGGGGCUCUCAGCGGGUCCACUAGGAGAGUCAGUCUUGAAAGGCUGGAGGGAUCCAUCUAGGCUGUGGGGCGGGACAGGGGCGCGGCUCUGGCAGACAACAGGAUGCAAAGCGGGUGGCUCUGGAGAUGGAGAGCGGGAGAUAGGCACACAGUGAGAGCAGGGAAGAGACAGAGACGAAUAUGUUGAGGGCUUUCCGAUCUGAGCACCACGCCAGCGCCGUCACCCAGCGGGGAAAGUUUCAGGCGCCCCAGUAACUCUGACAGCCCAAGUGCUCGUCGUUACUUGGGGAGAUGGGAGGCAAAAGGGUCCCUUCAACUUUUCAAGCCAUCUCAUUCCCACUCAGGACACCCCUCCGCGAUUGAAAAUGGCAGGAAAAUAGCUAAAGAGAAGGAUUACACAAAGUCUUGAAAAACAUCCAAGUAGCAGUAAAGCGGGGUAAGGGGAACGUCAGCGCAAAGGAGAGAGGAAACAGAGCCUCUUGAGAUUCCCUGAUUUUCCCUCUGGUUGUGGGCGGGAGAAGGAGGCGCCAGGCUAUCAGCGCCGCUCCUCCCCCCAGGAAGGAACUGAGACCCACGCCGCCUUUUUGCAGUUUUUUUCCGCUCUUUGCACAACUUCUGCCUCUCGAGUAGGCUUGGGUGCCUCCUUAGUAACCUAAUAAUACAUAGGUAUGUUUCGUCGGCUGAUGCAGGGUGGAGGCUUGACUUAGCCACCCCCCAAAGUGAGAGAUAUUUUUCUCAGGUUCCUGGCUUCCGAAAUAAGGAUACUGCUGGAGACCUCGCUUUCUGAGAGUUGGGCGUGGACUGAGCACCUUCCCAGUCUCCGAGCCCUGCCUCCUUCACAGAGUUCAGUCAUUUUGCAUUUUGCUCUGGAGGGAAAGAAGCAGAUGAUGAGGAGAAAAUAAUGAAUGUCAAAGGAAAAGUAAUUCUGUUGAUGCUGGCUGUUUCAACUGCAGUGGUUGUGUUUUUGGAAUACAUCAACAGCUCAGAAGGCACUUUCCUGUGGAUAUAUCCCUCCAAAAACCCUGAAGUUGAUAACAACAGCAGCCAGAAGGGCUGGUGGUUCUUGAGCUGGUUUAAGGAUGGGACCCACGAUUAUCAAGAGGAAGAAAUCAACAUAGAAGAAGGGACAGGAAGAGAGCUUCACCUAUCAGACUGGUUUGAUCCAACGAAACGCCCGGAGGUUGUGACAGUGACUGGAUGGCAGGCACCAGUUGUAUGGGAAGACACUUACAAUGUAGCCGUGCUAGAAAGUUACUAUGCCAGACGUAGAAUCACCGUGGGCUUAACAGUGUUUGCUACUGGCAGAUACAUUGAUCAUUACUUGGAGGAGUUCAUAAUAUCUGCUAACAGGUACUUCAUGGCUGGUCACAAUGUCAUAUUUUACAUCAUGGUGGAUGAUGUUUCCAAGAUACCUUUGAUAGAGCUGGGUCCUCGGCGCUCCUUCAAAGUGUUUGAGAUCAAGUCUGAGAAGAGGUGGCAGGACAUCAGCAUGAUGCGCAUGAACACCAUUGCGGAGCACAUUUUGGCCCACAUCCAGCACGAGGUCGACUUCCUCUUCUGCAUGGAUGUGGACCAGGUCUUUCAGGACAACUUUGGCGUGGAGACUCUGGGUCAGCUGGUGGCGCAGCUACAGGCCUGGUGGUACAAGGCAGAUCCCAGGGAGUUUACCUACGAGAGGCGGAAGCAGUCAGCAGCAUACAUUCCAUUUGGCCAGGGAGAUUUUUAUUACCAUGCAGCUAUUUUUGGAGGAACCCCAAGUCAGGUUCUCAACCUCACCCAGGCAUGUUUCAGAGGAAUCCUUCAGGACAAGAAAAAUAACAUAGAAGCUAAAUGGCAUGAUGAAAGCCAUCUGAACAAGUAUUUCCUGCUCAACAAACCCACUAAAAUCUUAUCCCCAGAGUACUGCUGGGAUUAUCACAUAGGCUUGCCUUCAGAAAUUAGAAACGUCAAACUAUCUUGGCAGACAAAAGAGUAUAAUUUGGUUAGGAAUAACGUCUGACUUCAAAUUGUGCCAGUGGGUUUUCCGAACUUGAAGAGGGUGUUAAUUCCUCAGAAAAGUAAUUUUAGCUUUUUAAAAAAAAUACUAAGAUCGCCAACACAGCAGACAUAUAGUAUCUCUCCUUAUAACUUCGAGCCUUGAGAUACAGGAGAAUGAAUGUAUGGUAAUCAGAUGUAAGUUCCCAGCAUUUUCAUCUGGGUUUGGGGGAAAAACUAUUAGCUGAACCAAAAAGAAUUUGCCAUAGGCAAAGAAAAAGCCAGAACACUUUGCAUGUCAGGUAAUGUAUUGAGCAACAGGGUGCUAAGGGAGUAGUUUGGCAACAGGAUACUGCAAUAAGGGGUUUCAUCCCCUUGAUUUCAGUGUCUUUCUGGUUUUAUUAAAGCAACAAGUUGCUGAACAGCAGGAAAACUACCAGCAGGUGUGCCUUCUACUUGGGAAACCCUCAAAGGCCUGCAAGCUGAUUGCCUCAAGCUAAUUGGAGUCUAUUUCCUCAUCUCAUGUGGAUAUUGUUCCGCUUCUGUGCAAAAGAUCCGGUGGAGAUUCCCUGUGGAUGUCACAUAGGGUGAUGCACAUUCAGAGAUCCAGGGAAUCUUCUAAGUAGGCCAGUGGGUGCUGUGCUUCAUGUGAAAGCAAAUUAGCCCUGGGAUGAAACAGUGAAGUGAGUGGAAAGAGGGGCUGACCACUUCAGGCCUGUGCCAUUUUGGGGGACAUAGGACACGGUGUUGGUGCUUAAAUUACAUUUGGUUGCAGGAGCUGAAUGGGAGACAGUGUGGGAGGUCUCCAGCUUUCUCCACCCUGUGACACCUGGAUGGGAGAUGCCCAGCAGACACUUGUGUCUUCACCUUGGGAGGAAGUGGGUGGUGUCAGAGAAAGAGAGGGGCCAAAGGGGGCUGAAGAGGCCUGCCCAGAUGACCUGGGCUUUGCAUUAGCUGGUCCCACCAAGGAUUCCAGACCUCAGGGUCCCCCAUCCCCUUGUGUCCCAACCUAGAGGGCUGACAUCAAGGAGCGGACUAGAGAAAAAGCCCUCCUGGUAAAUGACCUCUGCUUUUCCCUACUCCAUCGGCACUGUGGAAUUUGAUGUAUUUGACAAAAUGAUUAAUGAAUUGUAUUACAAAAGCAUGAGAGGAUAGAAAUGGGAGACUGGUCAUUGUGACUGAAUACCUCAACAGUUCCCUUCUCUAAGGGAAGCAGUGACGUCUUAUGGAUUAUAAAUUAAGCAAGUUAGCGUAUGGAAAGUCAGAAGGCAAUAUUUACAUAUGCACAUAUAUUUAUAUUUUGCUUGUUUUCCAGUUCAGGUCAUUUGCUGCUAUUUUAAAGCAGUUUAUUUAAAGAGUCACUGGCCUGGUUUGGUGUGCAGCACAGAGGGCUAGGGUAAAAUGAAACCUACGUUUCCUUCACCAUCGCACUGUGCCUCUUGUUCUUCAGCUUGGGGUCCCCACUUCUACCAGAAAAGCUCCACAUAUCCAACAAAAGCCAAACAUUCUGACAUCAGUUACGGUUCUUGGUUUUUUAUUAAAGUUCUGUUGGACUCAGACUAGAGAAGUGAUAGUUUAAAGGUUAAAGGCCUGAACUAAAGAAAUGACCUAUCCUGAAAGUUUGGAGAAAGAUUUUGAAAGAAUUUCUUGAUUUUUAAAGAAAAAUUAAAUUUAAAUUUAAAUCCUCAAUGUAAAAAUUCAAGAUUUUGUUAAUAGCAGUUUUUAAAUAAAAUUUCUAAUUUACAAUCAAACAAA